AUGCCAUCAACCAUCUUGCACACCAUGAUCCGUGUCGGAGAUUUAGAGAAAUCUCUCAAUUUCUAUUGUAAUGUGUUGGGAAUGAAAGAAAAGAGAAGAAGUGAUUAUCCUGAAGGAAAGUUCACUCUUGUUUUUGUGGGUUAUGAACAUGAAGAUUUUGAAAUUGAAUUGACUUAUAACUAUGGUGUCGAGUUAUAUGAAAUGGGAACUGGUUUUGGCCACAUUGCUGUUGGUGUUGAAGAUAUUUAUGGUACUGUCGAGCAAAUUAGAAAUUUGGGUGGAAAAGUCACUCGAGAACCAGGACCAAUGAAGCAUGGAAAAACGGUGAUAGCGUUCGUGGAGGAUCCAGAUGGUUACAAGAUUGAGUUGAUCGAAAAGAAAACCUUGUAA